AUGGUCACUAGUGCGGCGGGCGGACAGAAGGGCCGCCAGGCCGCCCCGCCCCUCACUUCCGGCCCCGCCCCGCGGCCCCGGGCGGCGCACCAGCCGCGGACGCAGUUUCCAUGGGAACUGAAGAUGGCUCCGCGAGGUAAACGUUUGUCCUCCACGACUCUGGAAAUCCUGUUCUUUCUGAACGGGUGGUAUUGCGCUACCUAUUUCCUGUCGGAACUCUUCGUGUUUCUGUAUAAAGGUAUCCUGCUGCCGUAUCCAGCAGCCAACCUAGUACUGGAUGUGGUGAUGCUGCUCCUUUAUCUAGGAAUUGACGUCAUCCGGCUGUUUUUUGGUUCAAAGGGCAACCUCUGCCAGAGAAAGAUGCCACUUGCCAUUAGUGUGGCCUUGACCUUCCCGUCUGCCGUGAUGGCCUCCUACUACCUCCUGCUGCAGACCUAUGUGCUCCGCCUGGAGGCCAUCCUGAACAGCAUCUCGCUCUGCUUCUGUGGCUCCGAGCUGCUGCUUGAGGUGCUCACCCUGUGUGCUUUCUCCAGGGGCUCAGCCACACGUCACCUUCCUACAACGCAGAUGGACCAGCUGGAGCUUGAAAGGUUCCGCUGA